AUGGCUUGUUUUAUCGUACCAACUACAUAUCAUCGGCAGUUUCCUGUUAACCCCAUUUUACGGAGACGCUUCCAUCCGUAUCAAAUACCAGGACAGGCUCUUGCCAACGCCAUGUUAGAGGACAUCGUCAAACUUAACGCCAGCUGCGAUAACUGUCUCUGUCAAUAUGGAUCACCAAGACUGGCGAAACGAAAGCAUCUCGCCAAACGCACAUUGACCAAACAGACUGAGAAAGAUGGAAAGAAGGAACUUUAUAGUGAACCUGUAACUGAACUCGAUAAUUUGGAACAGAGUCUCAUCGAGCCAAGUAACUUCAAGUUGGCUGUAGAGGUUGGAAAUGUCAGUCCCGAUGACCUGAAUGCUAAACUUUCAGACGGCGUUCUCACAGUGACUGGUAAAUCAAUGGAGGCCGACAUAGACGGUAAUGUGAAAAGCAUGUAUUCCUUCACCCGUGAGUUUACGCUUCCGGAAGACGUUGACGUCGACUCUCUGACGUCGAAACUGACAGCAGACGGUGUGCUGACGUUCGAGGCUCCAUUUCUGACAUUGGGAGGACCAACAGAAAGAUAUUUGCCUAUUACAGUUGACAAAACUGACGUGGCAAAGGAACCGGCAUCGAACAAACUGAAUGAAGAAACCAAGCCAGAAACUGAAUUGUCGCAAUUACAAGAAUCUCUGACACAUGAAGAGAAACAUAAUGUCGCCGACGCGGAGCAUUAGAAAUGAGCCUCUAUGUUCGAAAAAUCACAUUUAUAGAUAGAUCUAUACAAACACAAGCAACUAUUUAUCUAUAGAAUCUACUGUAGGGACUGUGAUUCAUCGCACAUCGUUUUUAAAUUUGUUAUGAAAUUGUUUAUUUGAAUGUCAACGUUGUUUUUUUGAGAAAUAUUUCUGUUUUGAGAAACUAAUAUCAUACGUUUUUUAACAAAUGUAUUCUAUUAUCCAAUGUUUUACAUUGUUUGAAUGCAUUUAAUGAUAAUUAUAAUAAUGAUAAUCUUUCUUGCAUAAUCGUAUCCUUAUUUGGCUAUUGACUCAAAAAAAAAAAUUGCAAUAAAGAUGAAAAACUGAGGAAGUAACAAAAUGGAAGCGCUAAAAUUGGAAAGAAUAAAAAAAAGCAAUAGUUUAUUUAUUUAGGGGCAGCUGGUAGUUUUUUGAAAUUAUUUUCUCUUGUACUGAAACAAUUAUUGAUGUAGCUUGGUAUUUUUUUGUAUUUUUUGGCUGUUAUUGCUUGUUAGCAUUGUAAUCAAUUUAUUGGUAUUUGUGUUGUUGCAAUGUAUUCAAUUUAUUUCCUUCAACAUUUCACUUCUCUCAUUUUCACACAACUUGCAUUCAAGUAAGAAGUGCAUUUUGUCUUUAAGAUCAUUUUGGUCACAAGCAGUACACUUAUACCACUGCAAGGAUUUUUUUAUGUAAUAGAUAAUGUAAUAAUAAUGUGUUAUAUUUAUUUAUUGAA